AUGUCCUGUAAUACUAAUCUUGUUUGUAAACAUAGGAUUAGAUUUGCAUCCUGGAACAUUGGAUUAUUGACAGGUAAGAGUUUAGAGCAGAUAGAUGUUAUGAGAAGAAGAAGGAUCAAUGCUGCAUGUAUUCAAGAAACAAGAUGGAAAGGUCAAAAAGCCAAGGCAUUAGAUAACUUCAAACUAUGGUACUUGGGAGAUGAAAGCGGGAGAGGUGGAGUGAGUAUAGUUGUGGACAAAGACCUGAAGAACGCUGUUGCAGACGUUAAAAGAUUUGGGGAUAGGAUCCUAUCUAUCAAGUUGGUGCUAGACAACGAGGUUAUCAACAUAGUUAGCGUGUAUGCGCCCCAGACAGGAUUAGAUGACAGUGUUAAAUUACAUUUCUGGGAACACAUGGAUGGUUUAGCACAAUGUUUUGGUCAAGGUGAGAAAUUUAUUAUCGGAAGUGACCUUAACGAACAUGUGGGCAAAGAUCGUAGAGUCUAUGAUGAGGUUCACGGAGGAUGUGGAGUUGGGGAGAGGAAUGAAGAAGGGAUCUCAAUGCUAGACUUUGCGAUAGCGUUUGAUCUGUAUAUUGCAAAUACCUUUUUUAAAAAGAAAGAUGAACAUUUAUUUACCUACAAGAUUGGACAACAUGCAAGCCAAAUAGAUUUCUUCCUUACUAGAAGAUCUGACAGACUAUCAUGUAAGGAUUCUAAGGAUAUUCUUGGAGAGAGCUUAAACGCCCAACAUAGACUGGUGGACUUGGAUAAGUACCUUGGUACGAGGCAACAUAAGAAGGCGAAACAAGUUUGUCCUAGGAUAAGAUGGGGGCGAAUUGUAAGGAGCUCUCCUAAAGUCAUUUACUGA